UUUUCAAACAACACUGUUGAAGAGACUACAUGAGUGUCCAAAACAUAAAAUAUGUUACCUUAAAUGAUAUUUAAAUUAUUUUUUAGCCUCCACCUUCGCCUCCCUGUCCGGUUUAACAUGGUGUACGCGGAUGAAAUCGCAAAGUUGUGUUACGAGCGUUUCAAGCAGCUUCCCCGGAGAGGGAAGCCUGAGCCGGGCAGAGAGUGGACCCUGCUGGCCGCCGUGGUCAAACUCAGCCGGUGUGCUAACUCAGACACAGUGGAGAAGGAGGUUGUGUCCCUUGGAACUGGAACUAAAUGUAUUGGACAAACCGGAAUGAGUCCCAAUGGUGAUGUUCUUAAUGACAGUCACGCAGAGGUCAUGGCCAGGAGAGGCUGUAUCAGGUAUCUACUGACAGAGCUGCACAGGACUGUGAGAGGUGAAGACAGCUCUGUGUUCUGUCGGGCCGAUGAACAAGGAAAGUGGAGGCUUCAGCCUGGAGUUUCUUUCCUCUUGUUCACCAGCCAUACUCCAUGUGGAGAUGCCUCCAUCAUCCCCAUGUCUGAAAGCCAGUCUCAGCCCUGCCCUGCUGUUACAUCUGCAAAGAACCCUCUAGAGAGUAAUGGAGGUAGAGACCUGAAAAGAAAAGCUGAGGAUCCAAGUGUAGAAAAAAACUCUAAAACUCCCCGUCUGGAGGAACAGGAGAUGGUUGAGACAUGGACAAGUAAAGAACUAAACACAAACCCCCCAGAGGAGACUGUCUCUGAAGAUUCAGCUCACCUAGAAAUAAAAACCAGAGGCCUCUCAGACAGCGCUAGACUGCAUCCACAGGUCUUUGACAUUCAUAGAACGGGGGCAAAGUGUGUCCCAGGUGGCCCCGUGGACCCUCUGUGCCAAGGGAUGGGAUACCACAGUACAGGGAUGCUUCGGGUGAAGCCAGGGCGUGGAGAGCCGACUCUCUCCCUCUCCUGCAGCGACAAACUGGCCCGCUGGGGGGUGCUGGGUUUUCAGGGUGCAUUGCUGUCACAUUACCUCCAGGAGGCACUCUACUUCAGCACAGUGGUGGUGGGGAAGUGUCCGUACAGCCAGGAAGUGAUGCAGAGAGCACUGGUCAACAGAUGUUCUUGUGUGUCUGAUCUCCCUGCUGGUUUCUCUCUGUGUGCACCUGAGCUGCUCCAAUCCAGCCUGGAGUUCCCAUUCAGCCAGGCCCAGGCGGAGCUUCAACACCAGGAUGGACAGGGACGAAUCUCCCCCUGUGGGGCAGCCAUUAGCUGGUGUAAUGUACCUGAGCAGCCACUAGAUGUCACUGCCAACGGCUACAAACAUGGAGUCACAAAGAAAGCCCUUGGCACGGCCAAAGCCAGAUCUCUCCUGUGUAAACUGGAGCUUUUCCACUCCUUUCUGUCUCUUGUAUCGGCCACUGACCAUACUGCACUCCCCGACUCCCUCAGGAGAACAGAUCUGCAGACAUACUGGGACUAUAAGCAGGCCUCUAAGUUGUACCAGCAGGCAUGGCAGCAGCUCCACAACCAAGCCUUCCCUCUGUGGCCACGCAGCGACAGAAAUCUCCUGCUCUUCCACUGAUAGGCCUCUCUGCAGCUGAAGUGUCCUCAUCUGUGUUGAUGAAAAAGGGCCUCUGUUUGUCGAAGAAUUCAAAGAUCAAAGGUCAAAAUAACUGCUGGUCUGAGAGGAUUGUUUUUCUCCAAGAACUGAUCCUAUGAAGCUCACAUUUCAAACUAAGUAUGGCAAAGAAUGAGCCAUUGGUGAAGUAUAUAACCCGUAUCAUGCUGGUCUUGAAUUAAAAGGAAAAUAAAGAC